UAUUUCAUUUAUGUUAAAGAUUUCAUUUGAUUAACAUUUAGACCAAAAAAAGGAAUAAAGUGUAUUACAUAUUUUUUUCUGAACACCAAAAAAAAAAAAAAAAAGAGUGUAUUACAUAGGAGAAGGGAGAAAAGUGCUCUGCCUUCUCUCUAAAAAGUUCCCACCGUACCCAAUCGACCGGCCGACGGAGUGGGCUCCUUAUGCCACCGUCGGCCCGGUUUCCUCCUGUUCCUCUCCGUUUUCCGUUCUUUUGUUUCCUAGUCUAAGGUUUUUUUUUCUUUCUUAGUAGAUCUAGUGUUUCCGGCGUUGCGCUUUUCUCGAGGCGGACGUUCGGCUCUGGUAACCGCCGUGGCUCCUUUCUCAGGUGAACGGUCGGCUUUUGUAACCGCCGUGGCUCCUUACUCAGGUGAACGGGCGGCUUUAGUUAUCUUGGAAGGCGGAGGCUCGUUUUGCUCCGGUUGUUUGUGGGUGGUGUCUCGGUGUCGGUUUGAGGCGGCGAUGGGAAAUUAUCCCUUUGAAUGAAGCGUUGGUGGAGUUAGGGUUUGGGGUCUUUAUGAUCCGGUUUCGCGAUUCACUUGUUUAGGGUUUGAAGUGGUUCAAAGGUUGAGGAGAUCUCGAUAGAUCGAUGGAAUCUCCCGGCGUGAAGACAAGGGGUGUCGAACGGGGUUGGUUUCGUCGGAGGCUCGUCUGUUUCCGAGAUCCGAUGAAACGUGUUUUCAGUUUGAUGUUGUUCCGGCGGUGCUGUGGCGGAGAUGGACAAGUUGAGGCGGUUGUGUUGUGUGUCGCACUCACUGAGCAGUCUUUUCCUCGAUUUGAGCCUCCUUGGUUCGUGCUCCGACCAGAUCGUACGGAGAUGGAGCGCGGAGGCGGCAGAGCUUCUUUAGGCGCUAGGGUUUUCAGGUUUGUGGGCCUUUGGGCCGGUUUGAUUUGUUGGGUGUCCAAUAUGUAUGGGCUUUGUAAGACUUUUGGGCUUUAGCCUUUUUUAAUAUAAAUUUCUAGAUGAAAAAAAAAAAAAGAGUGUAUUACAUAGGGUGUGUAAAUAAUGUGUCAAUUGAUUGUAUUGUUGUAUUAAUUUAUGUGAGAACUGUGACAGGAAAAUAACUAAUACGUAUGUAAAAGAUCAACUAAUUUAGGAAUUUGGUUUUGUAUAUAUAUAUAUAUAUAUAUAUAUAUAUAUAUAUGAAGAAUUUAUUUUUAAUACUUUGAUAAUGGGCUGUUAUAAUAAGCAUCUUCCAUAUAUAUGGAAGUUUGUCAGAGGUCGUAAUUUUUAAUGUCGUUUGUCCAACUCAAAUAAUUUAGUUAUCUUUUCUUGAUCUAAGUUAAUUUGUCAUCCACAUACGUAUCUGUACUCCCAAAAUAUCCUAUUUUCGGAUCGGAUCUCAGAUAGUAUCAAGAUCUUGGAUAUUAAGUCUCAGCCUCACUUAUUCAUGUUGUUUUUAAGUCUCGGAUGUCCAAUUAAUACAAAACAUACAGUAGAAAUUCUAUAAAUUAAUACUCGAUAUAUUAAUAAACACGUUAAAUUAAUAAUUUUUUUGGUCUCAAAUUGAAUCGGUUCAAAAUACGACACAAAUCAAUAAGAUAAUAUUUUUUUGAAAAUCCUAGGUAAAUAUAUAUGUGGUGCCACUAAAAUUAUAAAUUAAUAAUUUAUAGUAUAAACAUUUCAUAUAAGUACAGACAAACCAUUUUAUUAUAUGUUUUAUAUUCAUAAAUCAAUUAUCUUUAUAUUGUUUAAUAUUUCAAUAUAUUUUCAUGAUAUUUAGUAAAAUUAUAUCUAAAACUACAUUUAAAUUCUAUGGAAAUAUUUAUGUACACCAAAUUAUAUAAUAAAAGUCAUUUGAAAUUUGCAUUUCAAAAUUUUAAUUAAUGUAUAUACAGUAAAAUUAUUUUUUUUCUUAUUUUAGAAAAAAAUAUUUUAAAUAAAAAAUCUAAAAUAUUUUUUUUAUAAUAACUAAAAUAUUAUAAUCCAUUCAUUAUUAAUUUAUUGAAUUUAUACCGUUAACGGUUACACUUUCUUGUAUAACAGUAAAUCAAUAAUUAUUGAUUCACAAUCAAAGUCAACAAAUGUGUAGGCACUGCCAUGUGUUUGUCCCCUUUCAUGUUUUUUUAAAUAAAUAUUUAGUUAUAUUAAUCUAUCUGAAGAUUGGGAAUUCAGAUGAUGAUUAUAAGCUUAAUUCGAACAAACAUUGUAAAUCAAACUUAGUAAAUUAAUUGUCAAUUCUCAUCAUCUCUUAGAGAAACACAGUAAGUACUAUAACAAACUCUGUUUUUUGGUUUGUCAAUUACGUAUGUGUGUUGUUUCAUGGUUUUUCAAAUCAUACGUACAUAAGAUAUUAUAGUGAUGUUUUAUUUUUAUAUUAUGACAUAGUGAUGUUUUAUUUUUAUAUGAUGACUAUGAUUUGGUUUAAAUAUUUAUGAAUAUAUAUUAUAUAUAUGUAUAUAGGUGUAUCCUUGCCGUACCCGUAUCCAUAAAUUUUAAGUUUAGCCGUUUCCCGUCCCCGCUCCCGUCCCCGUAUCUGUGCCCGUAUCCGUCCCGGUGCAACAUAGUAAAUUGGUCCAUCAUCUUUAGAAAAUCAAUUUCCGUUCUUUAUCAUUGAUGUUAUCACAUAAGUGCAGUGUUCACCUUGAUACCUCGAUUACCGGUGAAUUCUUCCGUGACAUGGUUCAUGACGAUCUAUUCAAACUCGCAAUCUUCAUUGAAGAGAUCGCCAUGAACCAUGUCACGAUAGCAAACCUCACGGUAGCAAACCUCACGGUAGCUUUCACUCACAAAACCCGGUAAGGAAUGAAGAAUCAGUAGAGACCGGAGUGAACACUAGCGAUUAACAUUCCAUUAUAACGUCUGAUUGCAGCCACAACAUUCCUAGCCAAAAGCCAAUCAGAUCCUGCAAUAAAAGAUGCGAAUUUACCUGCCAAAACACUCAAGUAGACAUAUUGGCACUGGGACGGUCAACUCGCUGCCAGGUCUCCUCCAUGCAAAUAACCAGCUGACUCGAGCACGGUUGACGAACGCAGCCCUGGUCUGAAUGAGAGAACCCCAUCCAGUCUUCUAUGCGCUUCUGGACUUCAUUCCGCUGGAGACAUAAUUGUCCCCUUUUCAUGUUGUUUUUUUUUAAAAUCUUUAAUGUAAUAAAUAUUUUUAACAUGAAAAUCAACAAUGUUUUAUUUUUAAAAAUGUAGUUUUUUUAGAUAACAGUGAGAAUCCGACGACCGAUGUCAACCGACUGAUCCCACGAAAUCUGCAUCAGUCAUAUAUUCUUACCGUUUAAGACAGCACAGGUGGCCAGCGGAGAUUGAACUGCAUGUUUAUUCUUCAAACGCCAGUAACCCAAGUCCACCGGUUAAAAAAAGAAAAUAUAGUUUUUGUGUGCGGAAAUACUAUGAUUAAAAGGUAAGUAUGAUCCUUGCUAAAAAAAAGGGUAAAGUAUGAUCAACAUCUCUACAUAAAAUUAUUGACUAGAGAUGAAACACCGGAUCGAUUCUUACAGGGGUUAAGGGUUUAAUAAAAAGGUUGGGGUUAAUAUCGAUAGUAAAGAUUUUACAAGGACAAUAACAUGCAAAGUUAUCUGAUCUUACUGUCACGUGUUCACUAACCAAUUGCACCACGUGUCACACGAUAACUUUAUGAUCAGAGUUACUUUCUUCUGUUCUGUCAAAGACACACAAACCCUCUGUUUCAGUCCGGACAAGAACAAAAAUGCUCCGCCAGCUUCCGCCAACUAUCACGGCGGAUGAAACGCCGGAAUGGCUUCCCGUCGGUUGGAUAGUUCACUCCACGGCUCUAAAACGCGGUCGCCAAACUAAAACUUACACGCAUUUGAGAACGGGAAGGAAGCUCGCCACCAAGGAUCAAGUUAUCGAGUUCAUUAGAAUGGAUGAGAUUCGAGAGCACAGAGAAUCCGCUAUCCUGAGAAAGAAAGCACUUUUAAAAGCCUUACAAGAUGAAGAGGAGGCUGUAAGAGAAAGGGCAUCACGGCUUCAGAAUGAUCUGGGGAGUAUAUCUUAUUGUAGAAAUCCAUAUUAUGAGAUGUAUGACAACAACAAUAUUUCUAGUGGGUUGAAUCCCCAUUCAGAACAAGAAGUACCACAGUGUCAGACCACUAAUGAAUCUGAAGCAGCUUCGUUUGAUAAUAAACUAGAGGAAACCGGGAGCGAGUACAUUACGUAUGAUUAUAACACGGAGGAAGAAGAUUGGUCAGAGAAUGAGGGCAAAGGUUCCCAAGAGAAUGUGGAGACUUUCUCUAACGUUACCUCUACUCCUCUACGGUUACAACCAGAAAGGAUGACGAAACUGGAUUCUAGAGCAAUAAAUCAAUGUCUUCUUGAAGAUGAAGAAAACAUUCAAGAAGUUGAGACCUCAAAAGCAAAAGAAGAUGGUUUGAAAGAGUCUUUUGGAGAAGAAAACUUGCAGGUUGUUGAUAAGGCGAGGGAGAUCCCGGGUUUGUCUGGAUCAUUUACUAUUGAAAUCAACCUCAACUGUGAACCUCCUUUAGGUGAUAGUUUGGUAGAGAAAGACUGGAAUCAAAUUGGGAACCAAGAGAGUGACUUGUCUCAGGAACCAGGGAAUAAGAGCGAAGAGACUCUAAACACUCAAGCUACUACGCAGGAAGAAACUGCUACGGAGUUGAGAGGACCAGAUGAUGUCAUCAACACCAUUAAGCUUGGUUUAAACCCCUCUCCUGUUACCCCACAGGAAAAGAACAUCAGUGGCUCUAAAAAGCGGAAGAAGAGCGCAGAACCAUGUUCAUCUAAGAAGAAAGACAAAAGGACACCAAGGAAACCGCAGGGAGGGAAGGGAAGUUCGAGCGAGAAAACACCUGUUGAAUGGCCUGAACCGUGCCCAAACUUCCCAUUUGAGCCUCUCACAAUUUCACAGGAUGAUGACUCAGUAAUCCGCAGGUACCUUGAGCAAUACUAUACAGCUGCAGGGAGCGCUGAUGGUAACGUACAUUUACCUGAUUUCGGAUUGCCUAGCUUCUCCAACAUCAUCAAAGUCUCACAGAAUGAAGAACCUGAAUCCAAGAAAUCUCUUGAUCCUCCAUGUGUAGCAAGUUCAAGCUUACCUCGUUGCGUGUCCAUGGUUGUUACUAUGCAACAGACAGUUGCAGGGAACUAAAGACACUUCAAACAAGCUCUUUAAUCUAAGCUGCAUAAAGACCUUUAGUACUAGUAUAUGGAUGUAGCUAACAACCGUGUAACUUAUGAUCAUAAAUUAGUAUUUGUAAAAUAUUUAUUUGUUGUCAUAA